AUGUUUGUUUGUGAUAGGCGUGUGGAUGCGGUGCAACGGCAACGGAGCAACGGCAGGAGCGGCUAUACGGGCGCGAGCAGCACGAGCAGAACGUGCAGCGCAGAGGCUCCACGCGCGCCUCGCCGCCGCCGACCUGCUCGUCAAAGACCUGUACAUCGAAAACUACCGCCUGGCACAUCUGCCCCACCUGCCCCCCCUUCCUCCCCUGCCCCGCUUGCCCUGACCCUCUUGGCUGGCCUCAUGCAAUAG